AAUUACUUUAAAUCUUUGGAACUACUUUAUUAGAUAAUAGUACUAGUUUCGGUCUAUAGUAUAGCACAAUAGUACCAUCAGUAAGACUUCAAACGUAUACUAGGUGGUAGACAUACCUCGCGCGAGCUCUAUGGCUCCACGAAACAGCUAUUACUACCCUGAUGGAAGGCCAAAGCAGUUCACCUUAGCGGGCGGCAGCGCGAAAACUGUGCCACACAAGAAAGCUCUCAAGUCAACUAGCAUGGCAUCGGUAUUCAUGCCGAAACAACAGGUCUUUGCUCCGAAAACAAGUCAUGCUCAAGCAGCAUCGGUCGUCGUUAAUGAUGCCCCUACUCCAGCUUCGAUUCCGGACAGUCAGGCUUCUAUGUGGCGCAGGCUUUUCACAUCUCCAUCGGUAGAACCAGGCACGCCGGAUACACAGGUGCAAUCCAAGGAAGAUUACGAGCAGGAAGCUAGAGAAAGGCAUCGGCAGUGGGUCGCUGAAGCUGCAAAGCGCAAAGAGAGAUGGACGUCCAAUAGUGACGACGAGGAACUUGAACGAGCGCUUGCCGCGCAGCUGGACGCAGAGCAUUUACAGACCCAUACGCAAAUUGAACGCGACGAGGAGAAUCAUAGGCGUGGCUCGGACCAAGAGCAACGGCAGCGUCCACCGACAGCACCGAUGACCACCGGUGGCACGUCUGCGCUCUCUUCUCCGUUGUUCAUCGGGAACUCGGAGGCCAGUAGUCCCGAGGAAGGGGAGAUAGCUGAGGGAGUCAAUUCGACCUCUCAAACUUUUGGCCGCAUGAGUCCACCGUCAAGGGUUGUGGUGCCAGCAUUUGGCGUACCACAGCGUACCAGUCCGAAGGCGAAAGCGCAGGCUCCGGUCGAGGCAGACAAGGCCAAAGCAGCAACUGCAAUAGUGAGUCCUACAAGGAAGCAACUAAGAAAACAGCCUUCGAUUCAGAGUAUCUCGUCAGACGAUACCGAGUCUCUGAUCGAGCCCGAUGAAGGUGUGCCGGCUUUCGCACAGAGCUCUCCGAGAUUGAACUACCGGCCAAAGCAUGUGAAGCAAAUUUCGCGAGACCAUGCUGCACAGCCAGAUGCUCCCGAGUUGCCUUAUAUCACGUCCGAUGUGGCCCCCACGCCGCGUACCGAGACAGAGACGCAACGGAAUCAAGCAAGAGUCGAUAAGAUCAACGCAAUGCAGGAAGAGGCGGAUCCAGACUUUGAUUCCGAUUCCGAUGAAGCUGUUGAAUACGACGACGACUGGGAAGGCGUUGCUGGUCCCUCGCAUCGAACCCGAGCGAGAUCAAAACAUGAAAACGAUGUCGAUUACCCAAUCCCGGAAAGCGAUGUCGACACUGGUGCGGACUUCCCCAUCCUGGAAAGUGACAUCGAUCUUGGUGCAAGGCCGACCAGUGCAGCCAAGCGGAAAGCGAAAGCACCUUCACCUGAUCUACCAUCUGCGAAGAAAAAGAAACGAAGUGAAGGACCCCGACCGGGUGACUCGGGUUGGAGGUUUGAGAAGCUCAGUCUCAAGGGUAAACAGCAACGACAAAAUCUCAUUGAUGAGAUGCAGUCCGAAUGGAACGCCACUGUAGAAACUGUCGUCCCGGAUGACAUCCGUCCGCGCUGGAUAGAUGGUGCCGCUAUAGGAACUGCGAAGAUGCCGAAUGAUUGGUCGACCGAGUUGCUCGAAGCGCUGCGAAACUUUUCGUGGCAGACUUCUGGCAGACCAGGAUUUGCAACGCAAGUCCUUCGCGAGGCUGUCAAACAGCAGGUAGCUCGAUAUGGUGGUGGGCGUGCAUUGUAUAAAGCAGAUGUCAAGGUUGCGAUGAAUAUGGUGAACAACAGACAAGUGGUUCCAGGUGCAGCACCUCUUUCUCCAGAUCUUAAUACCAGGACAAGGGAAAUGUCGCUCGAUGAUCGCCCGGCGGCCUUCAAUAUGCUGAACAGGUCGGUCAGCAAGCCAAGUGCGGCUGCGAACCCUGACCGAGCUCGUGCAGACAGCAAUGGAAGUCCAGUCACAGGAGCCAGAACGUCUCCUUCAGGUGAUGCAGCUGACGUCGAAAUGGCUCUGCAUGCAGAGCCGAAUGCCAGCCUGGCAGAAGUGCUACAGAGGGAGAAUCGUUCGGAUCAGACCUUGACGACAGUUGCAGAUCAAGUGCAGAUCGUUGAUGCACCAGGGUUGCAGACUGGGAUGAGGAAGCGUGAGAUGCAGAUGAAGCUUGCCAUGUUGGAUUAUGAAGAGGCGAGAGCUCGCAAGAAGCUGGUACAGGCAGAAUUGGAUCAGAUCUCAGCCCGGAAGAAGCUGUUGAACUUGGGUAUUGAUCCAGAUGAUGUAUUAUGAUCUCGUAGACCCGACAAUGGGCUAGUAGCAUCGAGAUGGCGU